CCUCUUUAUGUGAUGUCCCAUGUGACAGGAUAUUGCUCUAUUAUAUAGACACCACAUUUUAGACUAUUUUCACUCUUCUCUUAGUGGACGGUAACCGGACUAGUUUGUUGUAGUUUUAUUCACAUUGAAAGAUUAUUGAGAUAUUUUCAAUGGCUGGUUUCAUAUUACUUGCACUUUUAUGCCUAUUUUGGCCUUCUUGCCUGCUGGGUGCCAAAACAUUUCUAAUCUACAAUGACUCCAGCAAGCAAUGUUUACAAGCAGAGAAUUCUGGGCUCGUCAUGGUUGAAUGUAAUGAAAAGUCUACAAUGCAGAAAUUUCAAUGGAUUUCUGAAGAUCAGCUUAUAAAUGUGGGGACAUCACAAUGUCUGUCUGUAUCAUCUCUAGUAGAAGGGUCAGCAGUGACGCUGAAUACAUGUGAUGGCAAAAGUGGUCUCCAAAAAUGGGAAUGUAAGAAUGAGACUUUCUUUAGCGUCCUAAAAGUUGAUCUUUACAUGACCGACAGAGAUAGAGGAAAAGUUGUUCUCUCUUCACAACCAAAAGACGGGAGUCGAUGGAAAAUCUAUUCAACUGAUGAUGAUUUAUGUGUUAAUUCUUAUGAAGAAUUAUACACUUUAGAAGGAAAUAGUAAUGGUCAGCCCUGCAAGUUCCCUUUCAAGUUUGAUAACAAGAUUUAUGUAGACUGCACAACUGCUGGGCGAUCUGAUGGAAGAUUCUGGUGCUCUACAACUUCAGAUUAUGAAACGGACAUGUUGUUUGGAUUUUGUCCUCCUAAAUCCACAUCUGACAGCUUUUGGAAAACAGAUCCUAUUAGUGGUGUCUUCUAUCAGACUAACUCCCAUUCAGCCCUCACCUGGUACCAAGCGAGAAUAAGCUGCCAGCAACAAGAUGCAGAACUGCUGAGUAUAACUGAACUACAUGAACAAGCCUACAUCUCAGGAUUACUGAAUGGUCUCACCUCAGCCUUAUGGAUUGGGCUCAAUAGUCUGGACGUUAAUGGUGGCUGGAGAUGGGACGGUGGAGGUCCUUUUAGAUAUCUCAACUGGCUUCCAGGAAAUCCAUCAGACGAACCUGGUGCAAACUGUGUAGCGGUAAAUCCUGGAAAAAUCACAAAGUGGGAAAGCAAGGAAUGCAAACAAAAACUGGGCUAUAUCUGUAAGAAAGGCAACAGCAAGUCCUCAGAGGUCCCCUCUCCAGGGACCAGUGAACCCACAUUUUGUCCUUCAUCAUGGACUCCUUAUAAUGGAUACUGCUAUUACCUAGUUCAUGAAAAUAAGAUUUGGAAGGACGCCUUGUCAUCUUGUAGAAAAGAAGAGAGUGAUCUUGUAAGUGUGCACAAUAUUGAAGAAGCAAGUGCUAUAGCCUCACAGUUUCAGUUCGGAGAUGCAGAGUAUGUUUGGCUUGGGUUGAAUGACUUGAAGACUCAGCUAUUGUUUGAAUGGAGCGAUGGAUCUCCAGUGACGUAUACGACAUGGCAGAGAGGAGAACCAUCUCACCUCAAUAGCAGAAAAGAGGAUUGUGUUGCAUUAUCCACUAAGGAUGGACAAUGGGCGGACAAGAUAUGUGAGAAAAUGUUCCCAUAUAUGUGCAAAAGAAAAUCCCUGCAGAGUCACCAAGGGCCAGUUAUCGAUGAUCACCCUGGAUGUGAUGAGGGUUGGAGGAGACACGGCUUCUAUUGUUAUCUAAUUGGUGAAUCCCUUAGUACAUUUGCAGAAGCUAACAGCACAUGUAACCAUCAUGGAGCCUUUCUGAUGACUAUUGAGGACAGGUUUGAACAGUCCUAUAUAACAAGUCUGAUUGGGUUAAGACCCGAAAAAUAUUUCUGGACCGGGCUCUCUGAUACGGAGGAUAAGAACACUUAUAAAUGGGCCAACGGGCAAGAGGUUUUGUAUACACACUGGAACGCACACAUGCCUGACAGAAGACAGGGCUGUGUAGCUGUGAGAACAGGAAACGAAGCUGGAUUAUGGGAUGUUAUAAUCUGUGAAGAAAAGACUAAGUAUGUGUGCAAAAAGUGGGCCCAAGGAGUGACACCACCGCCACCCAUCCCGACAACAACAGCAGAACCAACGUGUCCAAGUAAUUGGAGUUCACUAGGCCAUGCAUGCUACAAGUAUUACUCUUCAAGUGAUCAUGAAAAAAAGACCUGGUCUGAAGCAAGAGAUUUCUGCAGAGCUAUAGGAGGUGACUUGCUCAGUAUCACCAGCGAGGAGGAUGAGAUUGUUGUCCUUCGUACAUUGGGAUUCUGGAACUUUAAACCCGUGUGGAUCGGUCUAGUGCUCAACAAUUUGGAUGAAGGUUUUACGUGGUCAGAUGGUAGCCCAAUGAAUUUUAAAAAUUGGUACUUUUCGGAACCAAACAAUGUUGGUGGGAAAGAGUUCUGUGGCAUUCUGAAUGGCAAUGGUUGGCAUGAUGUACCCUGUGAAGAAGGAAGGCCAUGGAUUUGUAAGCUAAAAAAAGGAGCGGUAUUAAAGGAAGAACCAAAACCUAUUGAAUAUGAAUUUACAAGUGACGGCUGGCUAAUCUACAAUGGCAGCCAAUACUACGUUAGCGAGGAUGAAGUUCCGAUGGAGAAAGCGCAAGAAUUUUGUAAUCGCAAUUUUUCGCAUCUUGUCACCAUUAACAGUGAAUCUGAACGGAAAUUCCUCUGGAAAUAUACUUUAAGCAAAAGAGAAGAACAAUCUUAUUAUAUUGGCCUCCGUUUGGGACUGGAUAAAGAGUUUAAGUGGAUGGAUGGUUCUCCAAUUGACUUUGUUGCCUGGGAUUCUACCCAACCUGACUUUUACAAUUAUGAUGAAUUUUGCACUGAGAUGAAAUCAUCCAAUGGACUUUGGUGUGACAUAAAUUGUGGUUAUCCCAAAGCAUUUAUCUGUGAAAGGACAAAUAGUUCCAGCAAUGCAACAUUUACCCCAGCUAUUCCUGCACCAGACGGUGGAUGCCCAUCAGAUUGGCUUUUAUUUGGAGAUAAGUGUUAUGGAAUAUUUGGCACAGGAGAGGAUGAAGGAGUUCACUGGGAUAACGCUAGACGUGAAUGUCAGUCCUUAGGAGGAAAUCUGGCCACCAUAAAUGAUGAUUUGGUACAAUCUUUUUUGAUGUCUAAUUUAAAAAACAUCAUGGUUGAUGUGUGGAUUGGAUUACAUAACCUGGCUAAGACAAACAAUUUUGUUUGGGCGGAUCAAAGUGGAGUGUAUUUUACCAACUGGGCCAACGGUCGGCCAAACCGCUUUUCUUGGAAUCCUAUUGACUCUGAAUGCGUGGCUUUGCAACGUGGGGGUUUAUUGAACGCUGGUACCUGGAUUGACACGGAUUGUAGUCUGAACAAAGGAUACAUCUGCCAGAAAUAUAAGGAUCCAAGUUUUCUGGUUAUUCCAACCACUCCUUCUGCUCAUGGCUACUAUAACUAUGGAGAUGCCAGAUACAAGUUUGAUAAAACCAAGAGGAGUUGGGACGAAGCGCGUCAGGAGUGCCUGAAGGAUAAUUCACAGCUAGCCAGCAUCUUAGACGAGUACACCACAUCUUUUCUAAAACUUCACUUGGUCAAACAUAAGGAGCCUUUUUGGAUCGGCCUAUACAGUAGCAAUGAGACUAAAAACACAUAUAAAUGGGUUGAUAACUGGAAAGUGCGCUACACAAAAUGGGCGGCUGAGGAGCCAAGCAAAGACCUUUCCUGUGUAUAUGUGGAUACGGAUGGACAAUGGAAGACAUCAUCUUGUAAUGAGAGUUAUUCUUCAAUCUGCAAACAAACAGAUGUUGUUCCUCCCACUUACCUACCUGAAACACCUGGGGCAUGCCCAAACACAACAUCAAAGAUCUGGAUUCCCUUUCGUAACCAUUGCUAUUUGUUUGAAUCAUCUUCCUCUAAAAAGUGGUCUGAUGCACAAUUACAAUGUCUUUAUUAUGGUGCCAGUUUAACUUCAAUUGAGGAUUCAAUGGAACUGGAUUUCCUCCUCCAUCAUACUGAGUUACUCAGUGACCGGCAAAGUAUAUUUUGGAUUGGACUAUACAAGAAUGUGGAAGACAAAUGGCUUUGGUUGGACAGUACACCAAUUGACUUUGUAAACUGGAACAAUGAAGAACCUCCCAAAGACUUGUUUACAAAGUGUUUGAUGAUGAAUGCUAUAACAGGAACAUGGGACACUAAAUGGUGCCAAUUCAUGGAAGGGUACAUAUGUAAGACAUUAAAAACUCCACUGCCCACAGAAAAGAUACCAGAGAUACAAGAAGCGAAGCCCUCAUAUGGCAUGCCCAUUGGUGGGGUCAUCCUGGUCAUACUUAUUAUUGCCAGCGCGGCUAUCGCAGUUUUCUUCGUUUACAGGAGGAAAUGGAACAAGUCACAAUCAGGCAAUGGUUUUAAUAACAGAAUAUACCUGGACAGUAGCUGUGAAGCUGGGACACAAGAUGCAAACGUCUUAAUUGAAAAUAUUGUACAAAGUGAACAUGAAGAUUAAUUCAUAUAUAAUCCAACCGUCACUGCACAAUAAUAUCCAGGCUCAUAUAUAAUCCCAUAUACAAAGAAUAAAUAAGACAGGUACAUGCUCCAAACCAUUACAAAAAUGAUGUAAAAAAAAUAACAGUAAGCAAGUUAUUGUAAAAUAGG